GCAAACAGCUUGACAGAGGCUGUGCCGUGCAUGAGUGAGCAUCAUCAGGAGGAAGAUGGAUGAGAGUGGAGGGAUAGCUGAGGGGCGGGGCUGCAGCAGGACUUGAAAAUGCUGCAGCAUCAGGCCAUCUCUCCUCCUCCUCCUCUCCUUCUUCUCCUCUCCAUCUCGUGCAUACCCGUCGUUUCCUCCACCCUCUUCGUCUCAUUCUGCAAGCUCUCGCCCUGCUGUGCAGUCCUCUCAAACCCUCUGUUGUAGCACCAAAGGUAGGAGGAGCCACCAGCACACACACACACACACACACACACACACUCCCUCUCUCUCUCUCGCUGACAUCCCUGCUGCACACACUGUAAGCACUAGCCAGCCAUUCAGCCAGCCACCGAGUCAGGCCAGUUUGGAGCAGCCCAGCCGUUUCAUCGCCCAAGAUGGAUGUACUGAUGAAGGGGUUCUCCAUGGCCAAAGAAGGAGUGGUGGCCGCCGCAGAAAAGACCAAAGCCGGGAUGGAGGAGGCAGCAGCCAAGACCAAGGAAGGGGUGAUGUAUGUAGGCAGUAAGACAAAGGAGGGAGUUGUGUCAUCAGUAAACACAGUGGCCAACAGGACCGUGGAUCAGGCCAACAUCGUGGGAGACACAGCGGUCGCCGGGGCCAACGAGGUGUCACAGGCAUCCGUGGAGGGAGUCGAGAACAUUGCUGCGUCGACCGGGAUGGUCAACCAGGGAGAAUACGGGGGAAUGGAGCAGGGUGGUGAAGGAGGAGAGGGUUAUUAGUCGUCUUCAGGAACCCCCCCUCCGAUGUUUUCCGUCAGCCCCCGGCUACCCUCUCACCUUGCUGACUCCAGAUGUUCAACAUAUUUUUCUGUGACUUUACGGAACAAAAUCAACUAAAAACAGACUCUUCCAGAUGUUGCACCUCAGCCUCCCCCCCCUCCCCCCGUCCACCCAC